AUGUCCGACAUCAAAGAACCUGUAACUCGUGAUACAUUAUUAAAAACUGUCAACACAUUUCCUAUCGUAGAUAAUCAUGCCCAUAAUCUUUUGAAUUCAUCAGCAUCAUUAUCCUGUCCGUUGGAAGUUUGUUUUUCGGAGGCUCGUGGUGAAGCGCUACAAAAAUCUAUUGAAACAAGCGCUUUAAAACGUGGUGUGAGACAACUCGCUAAACUUUAUAAUUGUGAAGCGACAUUAGAGGGUGUUAAAUGUGUUACCGAUACCCUUUCUUAUGAAGAAUCAUGUAGGACAUGUUUUGAUCCUACCGGAAUUCAAUGUCUUUUAUUAGAUGAUGGACUUGAUUCAUUAGAUGGGCUUCGUGAUGUGGAAAGUCAUGUGGGAUUGGUUGAAUGCGCGAAGAGAAUUGUUAGAAUUGAAAGGAUUGCUGAACAAAUUAUUAGUGAUUUGGUCAUAUCUUUUAAAAACUCCGGAAAUGAUAAUUUGGAAUUACAAUCUUUUCAAGAUCCUUUUAAAAAUCAACUUGAAACUUUAGCUAAAUCUGAUCUCGUGGUUUCAUUUAAAAGUAUUGCUGCUUAUAGGACUGGAUUAAAUGUCAGUUGCGACAUUGAUUAUAAUAUAGUCGUACGUUCUUUAGCUAAAUUUAUAUUAGAAUAUGGUGAUGGAGAGAAAACUAAAGUUGUUGAAACCAGGCUGCUUGUUGAUAAAAUUCUCAUCGACUAUAUUUUAAAUUUGGCAAUUGAAGUUGCAGUUAAAUAUGACAUUCCAAUCCAACUUCACACAGGGUUUGGUGAUAACGAUCUUGAUCUUCUUUCUUCCAAUCCUCUUCAUCUUCGAAAAUUAAUUGAGAAAUAUCCGACUGCAAAAUUCGUUUUAUUACACUCGUCUUAUCCUUAUACGCGUCAGGCGGGAUAUCUUGCUUCGGUUUAUUCUAACGUUUAUGUUGAUAUUGGUCUUGUAUUUCCUAUGAUUUCUGCAACAGGACAAGAAACAAAUUUAUUUGAAUUGCUUGAAAUCUGUCCAAGCAACAAAAUCUUGUUUAGUACAGAUGGUCAUUAUCUUCCAGAAUCAUUUUAUGUUGCAGCAAUUCAAGUAAGGGAGGCCUUGGGUAAAGUUUUGUUAAAAGCAGUUGGAAAUGAAGAUUUCACUAUCGAAGAAGCAGUAAAAAUAGCCAAACAAAUCAUGUUUGAAAAUUCGAAUGAAUUAUAUAAACUAAACUUAACCCCCAAAAUCAUUUCGAAUCAAGAAUAUAUCGGAUCAUCUGCUAGAAUUUCGAAUCUUGCACUCAAAAAACUUAAACACAUGGGAGUAAAAUAUAUACGAUUGGGAUGGCUAGAUUUUACAAACAUUCUUCGAUUUCGAGCAAUUCCAAUCGAUAGAUUUAUCCAGCGCACAAUUACCAGCGGAAUAACGAUCGCAAAAUGUUUAAAUACAUUCCCCCUUUAUGGAGACGUUCUUGUAAAAGAAACGGGUUUUGGUGCUGCAGGAGAAUUGUUCUUAAAACCUGACUUGAAUACAAUUGUUCAUUUACCUUAUCUUCCUGCGCAUGCUUUUGUCCAUACAUCGUUGGAAAAUAAAGUGACUCCCGAUGAUGUGGCAUAUCCAUCAACUAGCGAAUCUUCAUCUUAUUCACCUUAUCAACCCAAUGCUGUUGAUAAUUCGUUGUAUUGUGCUGCAGCAGCUUAUCGAGAUGAUAAUGCGAUCCAAACAAUCGAACAAAUUCUUGAUGCCUUGCAAGAUCAAAAUAUUGAGCUAGAACAAUUUCAUCCAGAAUCGGCUCCGGGUCAAUUUGAAAUCAUCACUGGGCCCGAUAAUCCUUUGACCGCUGCUGAUAAAGUUGUCAUAACACGACAAACUAUUUAUGAUGUCGCUGCUAAAAAUUUUCUUAAGGCGACUUUUUUACCAAAACCCUUUCGUAAUCAAGCCGGAACAGCUUCACAUUUUCACAUUUCAAUUCAAGAAAUUGAUCCGAGUAAAAAGAUUUACGAUGAUCAUCAUUCAAAAUUAUCUCGUAAAGAAAGUUUUUUUGUUGCAGGUAUAUUAAGCCAUUUGAAAGCGAUAGCUGCUUUAACUUUGCCAACGAUUAGUUCUUAUGAAAGAACAGCCUUAGGUUGUUGGACUGGCAAAUGGAUCAGUUGGGGUAUCGAGAAUAGAGAAACGCCCAUUAGAGCAUGCUAUCUUCCUAGGGAAGGAAUGAAAGGAGAAAUGGAUGUUAACUUUGAAAUUAAAUGUGUUGACGCAACAGCAAAUCCUUAUUUAGCUUUAAUUGCUAUACUUUGCGCUGGAAUUGACGGCAUUCGAAAAGAAUUGGAAUUGAAAAUGCAUUACUGUAAUGAUGAUCCAGAAAACUUAUCUUCCGAAACUCGUGCAAGACUUGGAAUUACCGAAAAAUUACCCGAUAGCCUAGCAGAUUCUUUAGCCGAAUUGAAAAAGGAUACAGAUCUGACUAGAUCUAUUGGAAAAGAUAUAAUUCAAGGUUAUAUUGCUGUUAAAGAGAACGAAUUAAAAUUCUUUAAAAAUUUGUCUCAUGAUAAAAUAUACGAAAUGCUUCUUGAGAGAUUUUAG